AUGCUGCCCUGGCCGCCCAGGAACCAUGAGCCCCGCAGCCCCGGUCCCGCCUGACUCCAUCCUGGGAAGUCCUUUUGAAGAAAUGGCCCUGGUGAGGGGCGGCUGGCUGUGGAGACAGAGCUCUAUCCUUCGCCGCUGGAAACGGAACUGGUUCGCUCUGUGGCUGGAUGGGACCCUGGGCUACUACCAGGACGAGACCGCGCAGGAUGAGGAGGACCGUGUGCUUAUCCGCUUCAAUGUCCGCAACAUAAAGAUUGGCCAGGAGUGCCACGAUGUGCAGCCCCCAGAGGGCCGGAGCCGAGAUGGCCUGCUGACUGUGAGUCUACGGGAGGGCUCCCGCCUGCACCUGUGUGCGGAAACUAAGGAUGAUGCCAUAGCGUGGAAGACGGCACUGCUGGAGAUGAAUUCCACCCCGGCCCCAGCUGGAGCCACCGUCCCUCCCAGAAGCCGCCGGGUUUGCCCCAAGGUCAGGUGUGUGACCAGCUCGUGGAGCCCCUGUAAUGUUGAGAGGCGAAUCUGGGUGCGUGUCUACAGCCCGUACCAGGACUACUAUGAGGUGGUGUCCCCCAACGCGCACGAGGCCACAUAUGUUCGAAGCUACUAUGGACCGCCCUACGCAGGCCCCGGCGUAACUCACGUGGUAGUGCGGGACGAUCCCUGCUACAGCUCCGGAGCCCCGCUGGCCAUGGGCAUGCUUGCGGGGGCCGCCACCGGCGCAGCGCUGGGCUCGCUCAUGUGGUCACCCUGUUGGUUCUGAGCCCUGAGACUCAGUGCGUGAACCCUGCGCAUAGUUUACUCCUUCACCCCACCCUCCACCCCAAGCCCUGCCCAAUUUUUGCCGCCUCUUUUCCAUUUAGUCAUUCCGAGCUUGG